AUGAACGGAUGUCACACCCAUGGUGAGGGAGCUCAAGUGUCUCCUGACUCAAAUGCGCAAACGCACUCGAAUUUGUCGAAGGGAGAAGGUGAGAUGGGGUUCGGUCAUGCUGGCGAAGCCUUCGACAUCUUGCCGGCUACGGCUCUCGAGCUACUGUGCGUCAAUGUCGAAUUCCUCGCCAGGCCCAGUGUUGGCAAAGUCGUCGAGCCUGUUCUGGCUGCGGGCUCCGCGCCAGCCGCCAUGACACGCAGCGACAGCUUAUCCAGCGGAGAAGCCACGCCUACCAGGAUCAUCGAACUACACUGCUCUCCAAUCGGUCAUGAAGAGAGUGCUCGGGAUCGCAUUCAGCAGAGCAUGUUGUCCAAGAGGUUCCUCUCGAAGAGAGAACCACCUAUCAGCCUGCGCGACUACUUACUUCGACUUCAUCGGUAUUGCCCGAUGUCUACAGCUGUGUACCUCGCUACAAGCAUCUACAUCACAAGAUUAGCCACGGUGGACAGAGUGAUAUCUGUGCAUGGCAAAAAUAUGCACCGUCUGGUGCUAGCUGGCCUUCGAGUGGCCAUGAAAGCGCUCGAAGACCUCAGCUAUCCCCACAGCCGUGUUGCCAAGGUUGGGGAGCUAGAAAUCAGCUUUUGUUUUCUGACGGACUUCGAGCUACGGGUUGAUGCUCAGAUGUUGGCUGAUCAAGCACAAUCUCUUCGAAGCAGCAUGGAUCUGGUUCUCGCAGAGAUGGCUUAG